GAAAAGAGACAGACCAGGGCCGUUUUUAACCAUCCAGUCCCAAAAUUGAAUUGCCCCCUCUGAGCAACAAACCCUCCUUUUCUCCCCGCCCCGGCUGCUCGUUCUACAAUUGGGCACAUUUAAAUACGUUCUAGGACUUUCUUCCUCAGGCUUUGUUUCUGAUACUAUUUGGAUUUUUUUUUUUUAACUUACCGUUCUUUUUCAGAUGUUGGUUCUAAUCUAGACCUAUUUUAGGAAGAUAUUCUCAAAUUUUCUUUACUGCUCAGUUUUUUUCUUUUUUGUUCUUAUAUGUACUCUAAAGUGACCUUCGUUGUAGCUGUGGUCCAUGGUAACACGCAGUACUUUACUAAUUUAUUCCAUUACUUACUCUUUUGCAAAAUUUGAGAUAUCAUCUGGUGAGACCCUUUAAUUUAACGGUGGGACAGCUGAGCCCAAGAAUAUGCCUUGUGGGCUCAGGCCCAGAUUCCCAGGUCUUCUGUUUCCCAGGAAUGAUGCUCCCCCCCCUCAGAAAAUGUUUAAUAGACACAGUUAGUACUAAUAGCAAACACUUAAUACCUGCUAUGUGUGCAACCUUUUGCUGAAGUUGAUAGUAUUUUCUCCCUAUCCGAUGAGGAAAUUGAGAAACAAACACUAAAUAAUUCGUCUAAUUUCAUAUAACUAGGUAUGGACCCAGAAAGUCUGAUUUAGAGCUUGUCUCAACCCUUACACUAUAUAAAUAACUUCUGUUUGUCUGUAACUUAACACGUUAAGCGCCCAGUCACCGGCGACUGACACUAUACUUUAUGUCCGGAAGACAAAAGAUGUUAAGGACAUGGAAUGUGGACCUCCAAGAAUUAAUGAUAAACUAAUGAGGUUCUUUGAUCAUUGUGAAAAGUUUUUAACUGAAGUGGAAAGAAAUGAUACGGCUCUUUAUCAUGUAGAAGCUUUCAAAACUGGACCAGAAAUGCAGAACAUUUUAAAAAAAGUUGCAGCUACUUUGCAAGUGCCAGUCAACAAUUUAAAUGCAGAUUUGAUUCAGGUAGCUUUUUUCACCUGUUCAUUUGACCUGGCAAUUAAAGGUGUUAAAUCGCCGUGGUGUGAUGUUUUUGACACAGAUGAUGCAAUGGUAUUAGAAUAUUUAAAUGAUCUGAAACAAUAUUGGAAAAGAGGAUAUGGGUAUACUAUUAAUAGUCGAUCCAGCUGCAUCCUGUUUCAGGAUAUCUUUCAGCACUUGGACAAAGCAGUUGAACAGAAAAAAAGGUCUCAGCCAAUUUCCUCUCCAGUCAUCCUUCAGUUUGGUCAUGCAGAGACUCUUCUUCCACUGCUUUCUCUCAUGGGCUACUUCAAAGACAAAGAGCCCCUCACAGCUUACAAUUACAAGGAACAAAUGCAUCGGAAGUUCCGAAGUGGUCACAUUGUACCUUAUGCCUCAAACCUGAUAUUUGUGCUUUACCAUUGUAAAAAUGCUAAGACUGCUAAAGAAGAAUUCCGAGUGCAGUUGUUAUUGAAUGAAAAGGUGUUACCAUUGGCUAACUUGCAAGAAACUGCUUCUUUGUAUGAUGAUCUGAAGAACCAUUACAAGGACAUCCUUCAGAGUUGUCAUACCAGUGAAGAAUGUCAAUUACCAAAGGUGAACAACACAUCUGAUGAGCUAUGAGUAACUGGAGAACAUUUUUAAUUCAUCAGGAAUCUAUAGGGCGUGAUUACAUGCGUGGAGUAGGUGGGCAGUCCCUGGUUACAGAAAGCUUUCACAUUACUUGGGUAUUUCUAUCUUCAUAGAAAAACAAUGAGUUUCUUUUUUAGUCUGGACAUGAACGUGUAAGCAACAAUUCUUCACUGGAGCAGCUCUCUUAAGGGGAAAAAUAUCUAUUCAAAGAAAUAGUUGGCACUGCAAAUGUUUACAGAAGUUAAAUUCUUCUUUUUUAUACAAGAAAUCUCACACUGAAUAUGUUUUCCAAAUAAAGCUUGAAAAUGCUGGAGUAACAAAGUAUGUCAGUUGGAUGAUCCAUAACUUGAUUGAACCAAGUCUAGGAACUUUACCAGUUGUGCUGCAAUUCUCUCUUUUUUUUCCUCAAGUAGCACAGUUCUAGUAUUAUCUUUCUUAAUCAGAAAUAUUGUGAUACACUGGGAAUAUCAUUUUGAAAGAAAGCUAAGAUCUCUGAGAAUUUGAAACAAUAUUAAGCAGUCUGAUGUAAAAGGACACUUUCACUGAAGAAAGACAGAAAAUAAAAUAAAUGUUUUUGUUAAUAGUA